AUGGCAUCCGCCGUAGCUAAGCGCCUUCAGGGCAAGACUAUCCUCAUCACCGGCGCUUCGUCGGGCAUCGGCCGGUCCACGGCCUUUGAGUUUGCCCGCGCCUCCCCGACGGACCUCAAGCUCAUCCUCACGGCGCGGCGCAUCGACAGCCUCAAGCAGAUCGCCGCUGACAUCGCCAAGGAGGUCGGGUCGGGCGUCAAGGUCCUGCCUGUGCAGCUCGAUGUCAGCAAUGCGGACCAGGUGAGGCAGUUUGUGGCUUCGCUACCGGCUGAGUUCCAGGAGAUCGACGUUCUGCUGAACAAUGCCGGCCUGGUCAAGGGUGUCGCCAAGGCCCCGGAGAUCGCAGAGGAUGACAUGAACGUCAUGUUCAACACCAACGUGCUCGGCCUCAUCAACAUGACCCAGGCCGUCCUGCCCAUCAUGCUGCGGCGCAACGGCGGCGAGGGCGCCGGCGACAUCAUCAACAUCGGCUCCAUCGCCGGCCGCGAGCCCUACGUCGGCGGCGGCAUCUACUGCGCCACCAAGGCCGCCGUGCGCUCCUUCACCGAGUCGCUGCGCAAGGAGCUCAUCUCUAAGCGGAUCCGCGUCAUCAGCGUUGACCCGGGCCAGGUCGAGACCGAGUUCUCGGUCGUGAGGUUCGGCGGCGAUAAGGCCAAGGCUGAUGCCGUCUAUGCAGGUUGCGAGCCGUUGACACCAGAUGACAUUGCCGAAGUGAUUGUCUUUACCGCCGGUAGGAGGGAAAACGUAGUCGUUGCGGAUACCUUGGUCUUCCCCAACCACCAAGCUGCUGCUACGAUUAUGCAUAGAAAAUAA